AGGCAAAAGAAGGGAUGAACAUGGUGUCGUAUAAGAUCAAGGAUAAGAACGGUGACGGGUACUGUGGCAUUGCUGUAUCCGCACGGGAGGCUGCACGUCUGGCUAUACUUGUGCCCAGGGCCAAGUACUACACCUGGUUCCAUCCCGAGGACUUCUUCUCGGCCACGGAAUACAGUGGGAGGGUGUAUGCAUGGACAGAGGAGAGGGCUCAGGAGGCAGGUCGUGCGGAUCCCAAGAAAUGGAUACCACAGAGCAGUGUGACAAGUGGGACCAUGUGGUUACUGGACGAGGAAGCUGAGCGGUUGCGGUUAAAUCCUGUAGAGAGUAUAGCUCAUCUGGACGCCAAUGGCGACUCUAACUCGACUGAGAGCUCAACCAACACACCAGACCACGUGGGUGGGGAAACUCGGUCAAGCGAUGCAAGUGAUAGGCUUUUAGAAAAACAAUCUCGAGAUUCUGUGAGCAGUACUGAUACUAUAGAGCUGGCUAGCACACUUAGGGUUAGUACGGCGAGUGAGAGUACUGUUGAGGGUGCGGUUGCCCCGGAAGAUGGGGUCAAAAACAGUAAAACUGCAGAAAAAGGGGUACAGGAUAUGAGUGGUGAGAGUGGUGCACAUACGACUGCAGAGGUGGAGCAGUGUUGCGGUAGGAUAGACGACUCGUGAAACGCAAUAUGUAAUUCAGGUGAAUAUAUAAAUAGUAUCG